AUGUCCGAAGCGAGCAGCAGCUUGGCGGCCGGCGCCACCCAGAACGGCCACGAAGCGGCCGAGAGCGCCGGGGAGCAGGCAGCGAGAGCGGCGCGCCCCGGCAGCGGCAGCAGCAGCAGCGCGGCGGGGGAGCGGGAGCGGGCAUCGGCGGCGGCGGGAGCCGGGCCGGCCGCGGGCACGGCGGGCACGGCCGCCAGCCAGAACGGGGCGGAGGGCGACCAGAUCAACGCCAGCAAGAACGAGGAGGACGCGGGGAAGAUGUUUGUUGGUGGCCUCAGUUGGGAUACGAGCAAAAAAGACUUGAAAGAUUACUUCACCAAAUUUGGUGAGGUAACCGACUGCACGAUAAAGAUGGACCCUAACACAGGAAGAUCCAGAGGCUUUGGAUUUAUUCUCUUCAAAGAACCUGGGAGUGUUGAAAAGGUUCUGGAACAGAAAGAACACAGACUAGAUGGCCGACUAAUUGAUCCCAAGAAGGCCAUGGCAAUGAAAAAGGAUCCAGUGAAGAAAAUAUUUGUUGGUGGACUAAACCCAGAAGCUACAGAAGAGAAAAUCAGGGAAUACUUUGGAGAAUUUGGAGAGAUUGAAGCAAUUGAACUUCCAAUGGAUCCAAAGACCAACAAAAGGAGGGGGUUUGUGUUCAUCACUUUCAAGGAAGAGGAUCCAGUGAAGAAGGUUUUGGAGAAGAAAUUCCACAACGUCAGUGGAAGCAAGUGCGAGAUUAAGGUAGCACAGCCAAAAGAAGUGUACCAGCAGCAACAGUUCAGCAGUGGUGGAGGAAGAGGUAGCUAUGGAGGAAGAGGCAGAGGUGGAAGAGGCGGCGCUCAAAGUCAAAAUUGGAAUCAAGGUUAUGGCAAUUACUGGAACCAGGGUUAUGGGAAUCAAGGAUACGGCUAUCAGCAAGGUUAUGGUGGCUAUGGAGGCUAUGAUUAUUCAGGAUAUGGGUAUUAUGGAUAUGGACCAGGCUAUGAUUACAGUCAAGGCAGUGCAAAUUAUGGGAAGACACCAAGACGUGGUGGUCAUCAGAAUAACUACAAGCCAUAUUGAUCAAACUUAUUCAGGUAUGCAGUGGCAUGGUCUCUUUUGGAAAAUGACUGCAUAGGUUUUGUAUACAAUGCUGUAGAUGGAUACUUCAGUUCUGUACCAAAUUUAACUUUACAAUAAAUUUCUAUGGCCUGUUAAAUGUGCAUCUUACUUGGAAGAGCUCCCUGGAAAUGUUUUACAUGUUUAAUACUUCAGAUAACUAGUUGUCUAGACAGUGUGGUGUGUAAAUUUCAGCAUUGCUGAAGAUAUUAAUUAAUGAUUUUAUUAAUAGGUUAAACUGAAACUGAUUUUGAGGGUCUGCUUAAAGCUGCAGCUCUGCAUCUAGGGACUGCCUCUUGGAGUUAACUAUGGACUCUGCAUUACUCCAGUUGUACAGAAUGAGAUGCAUCUUAGGGAACCAGUGUCACUUUCCACCUUUUUAUUUUGUAUUGUUUUUGUGUCAUACAUUUCCUGUAAUGGAAGUGUUAAUUUUACUGUACUUUUUGGUACCUUUUUGGAAUCUAAUGUAUUGUAAGGUAUUUUACAUGUGUUCUGAUUCACCAUGACAUGGAUAUUGAAGCUAUCCUAGCUUUUGAAAUAAAAAAGGCGUAAUCUAGUGUCUUGUGCCAUUCUUCAGCUUAUGUGUUAGUAAAACGCCAGUUCCUGUUCCCAGAACUUAGCUCAUGGCAGUACCUUGAUAGAUGAAGAGUUGUGCUUAAUGUUGUUAAUCUUGAAACUAGAAGGUUGUGUUGGUAGUUGUGCUCACUUGCAGUUAAGUGGCAGCUGAAGCCUGCAGUGGCUUCUGCCUGGAGGUUGUGGAGGAGAGCUGAGGAGGAGAGCUGAGCUGAGGAGCCCCAGCAGUUGAGGCUGUGCUGGUGAGCUGGUGGCUCUGCCCUAGGCAAGCACAGGGGCUCAGUGUAACUGUGUUGGUGUCUGCAUUGGGCUCUGCUUGGAGGAGCCAGAGGUGUAGGUCUCAGGUAGGGCUUGGGAGCCUGGACAGCAUUGCAGGAGGAUGCCAAGAGGUGUGGAAGAAGCUGGGCUGCACUUCCUUCAUGUUUCACUGUCUCGAGUCUGAGACUUGUCUACAAGUUGCUAAUAGUAUGUAUAUACCUGCCUUGAGAGGCAGGUUGGACAGACAUUAAAUUACCAAUGCAAAGUUGAAUUUUUGAAGCCUUUUUGUGUAUCAGAAAAGGCUAAAAGAACUUCCACUACAGUUGUGGGUGGAAAAAAACAUCUCUUUCUCUAGAGAUGAGUGACCAGCUAGAAAUAAGCUUUCCUUUUUUGAGUAGUUCACUAUUUUAAGGCAGUAACUGUCAUGUGAUUUGCCUGUCUUGUUGUAGAAUAGUCCCAGUCUCAGAUUUAUAAAUAAGUAGCAAGCUCUGCUGCACAAAGUAAACUUCUAAUAUUUGUUGCAGUGAUUCAUUUAGGUUUUUUUCCUUUUAAAGAUAAAACAGGACAAUUUUUUUCCCUUGUAAUAAAUUCUCUUUGAUGCCCAGAAUUGGAAUCAAACCAAGUAACUUAGACAAGAAAUAAACAGAUGUUACUAGUGACCUUUUCAGGUUUUUUAGCAAGGGAUGCAGCUAUUUCUGCAGGGACUAUAAUCUGCUGCUCCCUGCUGGCUGUCCUUGAAAAGAAAAACUUGCUUGUAAAGUUAGAAUCUCUCUGUAAGACUCUUACUGGGUUAAGUGGAAAUCUUGAGCAUUAAAAAAAAUGAAUCAGAUUUUAAAUGUGAUAGUUGAGAACUUUACAGCUUGACUUGUAACUUCAAUCCCAACUUACUGACUU